AUGGACUACUCCGCUAUAUCGCAUGACCCCGACCACCCCGCGGGUACCUCGCCUUGGGCUUCUCCCCGACCUACCCAAACUACGUUCCCUACCUCGAGUAUCAACGACAUUCCUUCCGAUCCGUUAGCUCCCCCUCAGCCUCCGUACGAUGCCGCUUCCCAGCCCGAAAGUUCUCUGCCUCCCGGGGAGGAGCAGACCGAGUCACCCGACCUCUCGGAGCGACUACAGAGCGCACAGCUAGGCGACCCAGAUUACCAUAAUGAACAAUCACAGUAUGCCGCGCAACAGCAACAAUAUGCCCAGCAACCUCGGUCUCAGCUCCCCGCUAGGUAUCAAACCGGGGCCAGACAGCAUGCCAGGCCAGCUCCUCUAUACAAAGUUCAGGCGAAGAUUACAAGCUUAGAGAGGACGGGCAAAAAGGAUCCCAUUUUGCGUUUCGAUGUUCACACCAACAUCCCCAAAUUCAGAACCACUCAAUAUCGCGAUGUCCGCCGUACCCAUGCAGAGUUUACGAAGCUCGCCGAGCAUUUGAUGUCGGCGAACCCCGAGGCGAUGGUUCCUGCGGUGCCUCCUCCAUUGACCCCCGCCGGCGCAGGAACUGAGGAGGAUGAGAUUCGCGUGAAGGCGUCCAUGCAGAAAUGGUUGAACACUGUCUUGGGUAACGAGGUUCUGAUGCAGGAUGACGAGGUCGUUCUAUUCGUUGAGAGUGAUUUCGGCUAUAGUCCGGUUGUUCGGAUGAAGCAGCCUGCGACGGGUAUGCGGAGAAAGGUUUUGAAGCAGUUCGCGCCUCCCCCGGAUGAUACGCCAGAGCUACAGAAUGCGCGACCCGUGGUGAAGAUGUUCUAUCUAGGGAGCAUGGAUGCUAGUCACAAGGUUGACCGUGUAGUCAAGGGCCGACGAGGACUCGGCCUUGCCGAAUCAGACUUUGGCGUAAAGCUGGGGCAGAUGCAUGUGCAAGAGACGCACCCAGGCCUGGCCAAUGCUUACCGGAAAUUGGGAAAGGUCAUUCAGACAGUCGGGGAUUAUCACGCAGUCCAGGCUACCGCAGAGGCCACCACCCUCGGGGAGCCGUUGAACUAUCACUCAUCCGACGCUUUCAUCGUGAAGGAGACCCUUACUAACCGUCAUAUUUUGCUUCGGGAUUUGAUUCAAGCUCAACAAGUUACCCGCAGCAAACGCGCAGCUGCAGACCGGGUGAAAGUCAGCUCUUCUGUUCGUAAAGAUAAAGUCGAUGAGGCAAUCAAUGCUCUAGAUGAAGCCCAGAGCCAUGAAGACUACCUCACAAAGAGGACACACCGGGUGACAUCGAACCUACUUCAGGAGAAGCGCCGCUGGUUCGACCGGACCACGAACGACCUCUUGGCCAGCCUACGUGAGUACACCCUGCGUCAGAUUGACGCCGAACGUCGCACCCUUGCAACUCUGGAGAGUGUUCGUCCAGAUAUCCGGGCGAUUGAUUCAUCUGGUGGACUGAGUCGACUGGGCCGUGAAUCACACCCGACUGUGCGGCGGCCAAACCUUGGCUCAAGCCAGGGGCCCAAGGGCGACGCGUGGAGCGGCAUCCCUCGUCGCAGCGAAGGCCUUGGGCGCAGCAUGAGUGGCAGCAUGAUCUCGCCUACUUCGGAGGUCGAUGAAGAGGUGAAUGGGCAGGGCAAGGGAAGGGUGCGCUCUCCCAGUGGCGUCAGCACUACUGUCGAGGAAGAUGAUGAGGAUCGACUGGAUGCUCGCAAUGCGGCGAGCCGGUUAGCUACCAGCACCUUCUGA